AGAUUCAAUCACUACAGACCAAAAAUCAAUCUGUCAUAAAAUAUAUAUAAGCCUAGAUUUCUCCCUCAAUUAUCACUAGCCAUCUCUUUUCAUAUGAAUCACUUCUUCUACCAAAUGCUCUCUCUUCUCUGAAAUUCAUUUCUCUGCCAGUUCACUUACAGAUCAUCAGAUCAGAGGCAAAUUGUAAUCUUUGACAAGUUACUUCUUUCAAUCAACUCGAUCAAAGUGUUCAUCUUGAGAUUAAAGUUUGUGCGCACUUACAAAAGUAAUCUGCAGUGUUCUUAAAGAUAUAUAUUGGAUAGUCGCUCUGAAAUUCAAUUAUCUGCCCAUUCACUUACAGAUUAGAUCAGAGAGACAAUACAACGUAUUUGAGAUUAGAAAGAUGCCAAACAACUCUGAUAAAGCUGUGGGUUUCAAGAAGGAAGCAGAAACAAUCAUAAAUCAGCUUAUAUAUGGAUCAAAGGAGAGAGAAGUUGUUUUAAUUGCAGGCAUAGGUGGAUUGGGAAAGACAACUCUGGCUAGGAGAGUGUAUGAGGAGAAAAAUGUAGCCAACUACUUUGACAACCGUGCAUGGUGUACAGUUUCUCAAGAAUAUGAUUACAAGGACUUGUUGCACAAAAUAUACAGUCAAGUAUGUGGUAGGGGGAUAGAGAUUGGCAAUGUAGCUGAAGAGCUUCGCAAAAGUUUGAUGGGAAGGAGAUAUCUCAUAGUGUUGGAUGAUAUUUGGAGUGUUGAAGCAUGGGAAGAGUUAAGUAGAGUUUUUCCCUCAUGUGACAAUGGAAGUAGAAUUGUUUUAACAAGCAGAGAAGAAAGUGUGGUUUCUGAUGCCAAACAUAUUUGUCGUCUUCCUUUCUUCACUAUUGAUGAGAGUUGGGAAUUAUUGCAAGUGAAGUUAUUUAAAGGGAAUGAAUGUCCUAAAGAGCUUGAAAGUAUUGGUAAAGAAAUAUCUAAAAAGUGUGGGGGGCUACCGUUGGUAGUUGGUUUGGUAGCCGGGCUUGUGGGAGGAGUUGAAGAGAGUGAGCAAAUGUGGCAAGAAUUUUUUCUUACUUUAAACUCAUGUGCUGAGUUUAGAGAGGGAAUACGGAGCAAUGACGCGAUAGAGCUUAGUUACAAGUAUUUAUCAGAUCAUUUGAAACCAUGCUUACUUUACUUUGCAGCAUUCCCAGAGGAUGAAAGAAUUGAAGUUUCCUAUCUAACAAAACUAUGGAUAUCUGAAGGGUUCAUAGACAUUAAGGAGGGGGAGAGAGUAGAAGACACGGCAGAGUCUUGCUUGAAGCAUCUGGUUGGCAGUAACUUAGUAAUGGUUUCUGAAAGGAAGUACGAUGGUGGCAUCUUAUCAUGCGUUGUUCAUGAUUUUGUACAUGAUUUUUGCUUAGCAAAAGUUAAAGAGGAAAAUUUCUUGCACGUAAUUAAGAUGGAAGAUAAGUUGAAUCCAACUCUGGAAUUUACUCCACACCGAAUAUCUUUCCAUAGAUAUAGUUAUAAUAAUGAUGAGACUCCUAAUGAAUUGGUACCAUGGAAUUCUUCUAUCCACACACUUUUGGGUUACUCAAAUGUACUGUACAUCAGUUUGGAAGGUGAUGCUCCACUGGUAAUGUACGGUUACGAACCUGUAAAGGUUUAUAAUGGCUCAUGGUUUGCCAAAAAAUUUGAACAGCUCACAAUCUUGGAUUUAGAGUUCAUUGGUGUGGAUAAAUUAAUUUUAUCUGAAAUUAACUCACUAAUUCAUCUAAGAUACCUAGCUCUCUAUCUAUGUGGAUGUGGUUCUGUCUCACCAUUGUCACUGAAAAAUCUUGAAGGUCUCAUAACAUUAAAGUUGACUUCAUACAAGGAUUUGCAUUUGCCAAAAUAUUUUUGGAAUCUGAAAAGUUUGAGACAUAUGAUUAUCCACCACUAUGAUUGUGAUUCAUGCCCAACAAAACGAACUCCCGUUAUUGAAACAAAUUCUGGUUUACAAGUCUUAGAUUUGAAAACUUGUUUGAGUACAAGGGAUGAGCAUUUAUUGAGGAAGCUUCCCCAUCUUAAAUAUUUGAGCUGUCUGGUCUCGCCAACAUCUUCAUUUCCUGAAAUUGACAUUCUCCAUCAUCUUGAAUCUCUUUGGUUAUACAAUAAUUGCUAUCGUGAUCCACAUAACCAUGUGAAUCCACAUUUUCUUAAUGAUCUUAAACUCAGCAAGUUUCCAUCAAGUAUUAGGGAAAUAAAUUUGGUGGGUAUUACUCUUUCGGUGUCAGCAAUUUCAAUAAUUGCACAACUCUCCAAUCUCGAGGCUCUAAUACUAAGAUGUUGCAAGUUUGAGGGUUUAGAAUGGGAUGUGGAUGAGGAAACCCAAUUCCACAAACUAAAAUACCUCCAACUAGACCAUCUUGAUAUUAGAAUUUGGAAUAUUUGUAGUGAAGAGUCUUUUCCUUGCCUUGAGCAAGUAAUUUUGGAUUAUUGUGUGGAGUUACGUGAGGUGCCUUAUAGAUUGGUAGAUAUUUUAACAUUGAAACUACUGAGUGUGCGUAGUUGCCAUAACACUGAAAGUUCAGUGAAAAAAAUUGAGGAAGAUGCACGAGACAUAGGAAAUGAGCAACUUAAUGUCCAGGUUAUAUCAAGUAAUCGAGAGACAGGGUGUUUACAAAAAAGAGUUGAUCAAAUUGCGGAACUGAUUAAAGAAGUGUGAUUGUCAGACUUUGUGAGCUGUAAACCAGUUUGAUGUGUGAACUACUUAAUUACAACUUGUUAUCACUUGACACUUCUAUAUCAUAUUAGUAGGCUAUUAGCCCGUAACAACUUGUGAACUACGUAAUUUUGUUU